CUGUUUCACCUUUUGUGAGAAUGCUUGACGGCGUGAAGCACAUCAUUUUAAUUUUGUCGGGGAAAGGAGGCGUCGGAAAAUCAACUGUCAGCACACAACUUGCUCUUGCUCUAAAGGACAAAGGGUUUAAGGUGGGUCUUUUGGAUAUUGAUCUGUGUGGACCCAGUGUUCCUUACUUGCUACAGCUCGAAAACAAGGAAAUUCUUCAAUGUCCAGAAGGCUGGGUACCGGUUUAUACUGAUGCUGAGCAAAAACUGGCAGUCAUGUCUAUGGGAUUUAUCCUGCCCAAUAGGAACAACGCUGUGGUUUGGAGAGGGCCCCGGAAGACUGCCAUGAUUCAACAAUUUGUUAACAACGUUUGCUGGGGAGAGCUUGACUACCUCAUCAUUGACACACCUCCAGGCACCUCCGACGAACAUAUUACCGUUAUGGAAAAUCUAAAGACUGUCAAAUGCGAUGGGGCGCUGAUCGUCACAACUCCUCAAGCAGUGGCCAUUGAGGACGUUAGAAAGGAGGUGACAUUUUGCAAGAAGACCGGAAUCCCUAUUUUGGGAAUCGUCGAGAACAUGAGCGGAUUUGUCUGUCCCCACUGCACUGAAUGCACCAACGUCUUUGCAUCUGGAGGAGGCCAGUCCCUGGCUGAUACUGCCAAGGUGCCGUUCCUUGGAAGCAUUCCAUUAGAUCCUCGACUCGGACAGUGCUCACAAAAGGGAGAAAGCUGCUUGAUAGCUCUGAAAGAUUCGCCGGCGUCCGUGGCAAUCGAAGGAGUAAUAACUAAACUGCUUGAUGAAAAUUAACAUGGCAUAGAAGCAAAAAAUGUAAAACCAAGAAAUAAAUAUUUUUUGUUAACUUUA